AGAGCCGGAGCUUUGUCUUGUAAUAAAUGGCAAAAAAUGAAAAGAAUCGGGCGUUUUGGUUUUCUUGAUAUUUUUGUUCUGGGAGGAACUGAGGGAAACGAUGUUUGUUUAGAACUUAAAUUUAUUUCGUUAAUCGGUCUGGUAAGAGAUGUUGGAAAUCAAAUAGGAGUUCUUGGUGCUAACGAGUUAGAAAAGUUAGUUAAGAUCCUUGAGACAGAAGAUGAAGAGUCUUUACUGAAUAGACGAUACGUAUAUUGGUCAACGAAUCUUAGAAAAACAGUACAGACAACCAUACGUGAAAUAAUAAAUGAUGGAUUAGAACAGUUAAGGUCAUACAUGAGUACGAUAGCAAAGAGUCGUGUGGUUGGAUAUUCUACUUUGGGGGUAUUCGAUGAACGAAUUAAGAUAAUUAAAUCAGGUCCUAAUAAACUAGAAGGAUUCCGUCGUAUCUUGUGGAGACCCAUUAAAGAAAUGAUAUCCAACUAUAAAUAUAUUAACGUUUAA